CAUGACAAAUUAAAAUCUCCUUAAAAAUGCAGAGGCCACUAAUGUACUUAAUUAGCCACUUGCAAUUAAUCCAUGAAUAAUAAAUGUCAAUACCAUGAAAUAUAUGCUCUUUUUCUUUUAGGUACAUUGCUCAUUCUACUUGCUAUGGUGAUUCAGUUAAUAACAUCAUGUCCCUCCUCAUGCCUGAUAUGCUCAGAAAAUGUUACUCUGUGUCAAGGAUUAACAUAUAUACCAGCUGCUCCUGUAACCACAAAAGCUUUAAUUGUCACUGAUGGAAAUAUCACUUCAGUAGAAAGCUUCGACUUGUCCCUCCUGUUCAACAUAACUCUACUAAGGCUAAGUAGCAAUAGAAUUACAGACAUUAAAGAAAAUGCAUUUAAUGGCCUUCGAGAUCUGAGGACUCUACUGCUAGACCAAAACCAAAUAUCGAGCUCUUCUAUCAGUGAUAAUACCUUCAAUGAGCUUCAAAAGCUGCAAGUCCUGGUGCUAAGCAACAACGCUUUGAGCAGCAUCUAUGGGAGCUGGUUCAAAAAUAUGAAGGGCCUUAUGAAACUGCAGCUAAAUGGGAAUCAGAUCACUAAUCUUACAGAGAGCAGCUUUGGAACCGCAUGUCUUGAUAGUCUUAGGAGUCUGGAUUUAUCUAACAAUUUCAUUAGUUACAUUGAGAAAAAUGCCUUCCAACACCUACCUGAGCUGAAAGAAAUGGACCUUUCCCGAAACAGGCUGGCGCUCAUUCCAGAUAUGCUUUCUCACCUCCCUCAGCUAAUUCUUCUUAGCUUAGAUCAAAAUCAAUGGAAUUGUACAUGCAAACUGUGUGAUCUAGCUUUCUUCUUAAGGAGCUAUGUGAAUUCUUCAACCAGGUUGCUCAAAAAUGCCAACGAUAUAAACUGCAGAGCUUCCAAAAACCCUGCAGUUCACAAUGUGCUUGAGCUAACUGAGGCCAACUGUAACUCAUAUCCUCAAAACUUUACUGUUAAUCUAAAAAACAAAAAGAUGAAUUCCUAUUGGCGGGAUGUUACUCUGGUAGCUGUGUUUUGCUUUGUAGGAGCUGUUGGUCUCACUUGCCUAGUUUUAGCCCUCCUUAACUGGAAACUUCAACAAGGCAAAGCAAAUGAACACACAUCAGAAAACUGCUGUUGCAGAACUCUAGAUGAAUCCCAGUGUGGUCAUGAGCCAAGAAAUUACCUCACUGAGGGAUCCUGUAACUGCCACUUAACUCAGGAAAAUGAAAUAAAGGUCACGUCCAUUGUGGGGUCUGGCAGGGAAAUGCCACUUUUACAGGAAAACAGGCAUCAAGCAACAGUAAAAGCAGACGCUCUGUCCGGAGGGCUAGACACACCACUCAGAAGCAUUCAAAGAGAGAAUGAAUACAAAAAGAGUGGCUCAUUUUUAUGCCUUAAAUGCAGAAUGGUAGAAUUAUGUCCUCAAGAGCCUUAUGAGAAUAUGUCUAUAACAAACGAAGCAGGUGCCCUAACAAAAGAUUUCCACAGAAGCGUUACAAAACCAAGCACCUUUGAUCAGUGGGAAAAUCUACAGACUACAGUGCUGCAGGAACUUUCAAAGACUGAUGAAGCAGAUAUAAGGCAUGAUGCAUUUACUAGAAGAUGUUCAACUCCUACGCCUGCCUUAGCAAAAGAGAGACUUGAAAAGCAUUUAACAAAUGAAUUGUCGCAGUCUCCACCAGAAGCAGAAGACAAGAAUUUAAAACCUCAUAGGCAAAGAUAUUUUAUUACCAGCUCAUCAUCAGCACCUAACACACCAGUGGAGUCAAAGGAACAUUGUGUGCAAAAGACUUUACAAAGUCAUAGAUCACAACAUGAUGAUCAACGUGGAUUGCUGGAAAGGAGCAAAAAUAUUUCUUUGCAGCUACACAACUCCCUUAUCUGUAAAUAUGUGAACUGUGAUAAAUUCCAGGGCUAUACAAAAGAAAAGAAAGAUAAUCACAGGGAAAAUUUAAAGUUGGAGAAAGAGCAAACCAAAGCUAAUAGAAGAGUAGGAGAAGAUUGCUUUAUGAGUGAUGAAGAGAUGCCAUUAUCACCAGAAGUCAAGAAAAAAUAUAUACCAAAGAGUGUUAGCUUUUAUGUACCUGACCUGGCAACAAUAAACAGGUUGGAUGUGAUGAUGAUGGACUCAAGUGAGGUAGGAUCUCAUAAGAAGAAUGUUCAAAGAAACCAAGCUAUCACCUUGGAAAGCAAAGAGCACAGCAGUUCAGAAGCAAGAAGUGAAGAAGGUAAAUUGUCUUCUGCUAAGGGAGAUAUUGGAAGGAAAACCUGGGUGAGGAAAGAUGAAGCCAACUGGAAGAGUAAAAUGAAAACUAAAGGACAAGACUUUUUAACUGUAAAAUUAAAUUUACAUCCCUUCAGAAAAAUGAGAAUCCACCCAGAGAAAUCACCUUGCAGUGAAAAAACACAACAAAAAUCCAACCAUCAACACAAAGAACCACCAAUUGAAUCCAAGAAGAAACUGUCACAGGCUUCCAACAAAGAGUUGACAAGAAAAAAAAGAAAAUCAAACCAAGGGUCUUCUGCAGUUCCCCAAGAUCAGCCAGGUACCAGAGAACAGAAGGAGAUUUAUUCCAAAAAAGUUGCUUCGCAAUUCUCUGACAAGCAGACCUUGGCCAAGAGCAAAAAUGCCGAAAGUGAAGCUAUUAUAACAAGUGCUGAUGUAGCAGAAUUGUCUGAAGAAAAGUGCGAUAAUCCAAUAGUGAGUGUCCCUCAUCCGUUCAAGAAUAUUUCUGAUGUAAGAAAUUCUAAAGAUCUCACAUCUGUGCUUGCAGAAGCUGUAAUGUACAACAGUAACUUACCUCCACCCUCAAAGGAGACUGCGAGAUGUAUUACUCCAACUGUAUCUCUUGCAACUCAGAAUUUAGCAAGUACUUCACAAAACGGGGCAAAUGACAUUUCCAUAUCCCUGUAUUCUAGAGAAGUAAAUGAAGAAGACACAGGGGCUACAGAGUCAUAUGGAUACCAAAAUUCACAGAUGACUACAAGAAAGGAAAAGGGUUGCGAUUCUUCUUCAGCUCUUAUUAUCCAAACACAAAUCCCAGGCAACUUGCAGACAAAAAAUCCCAACAGUGAAUGUGAUUUGGAACUAAAGUCAGUUCUGGAGGAUACAGUGAAAAAUGUCAAUCAAGGCCAGAUGGACAACCGAGUAUUAAAAAGCCAGAGUGAAAACUUAAACAGGAUAGAAAGAUUGAAGAGUUGUGAAAAGGCUAAAGAACAUGAAUCAUUAGAAGGAAAUCUACUUGCUGUGGACUCUUAUACUUUCACUGUCAUACCACAUAUUCCACCAGCUAUCAACCCAAUUUCAACAGAAACAUAUUUUGUUCCCAAACAAAGUAGCACAGAGCCUCCAAAUCACAUCAGUAGUUUGCUUCUGUAUACUGAAGCCAACGAGCAUUUAACUUGUAGUAGCAAAGAUGGAACUGACAAUACUGAUAACCCGCAUGGAACAGUUAACACUGAAGAUGAGGGGGUAAAAAUAGAACAGAGAGAAAAUAAACAGCCACCUAAUGACAAUGAGUCAUUGUCUGAAGUGCUAAUCCCAGACACACAAAUGAACUCGGAUGGUAUAGCCGAAGACAUACCACAAACUCAGAAUGAUGUGGAGAGUGAAAAAUGUAAAUUAUUUUGUACAAGCACUGUCAAGGUAUCUAUUAUGUCUAAUACAUCCAGUAUCCCCAGUUCUCCUAAAACUAGAAAUAUACUACCAUGUAGCGACAUCAAUUUUCAAAUAAACAAUAAUAUGCACAUGAAGAAUGUGCAGAAUUUGCAACACAUUCAAAACAAUCAACCUGAUGAAGAUAACAAUAUGCAUGAGAAAGGUGACAUGCCACUGGAAGAGCACAAAGAGCCUUCUGUGUUACCAGAGUUAAAAGACAUUAGUUUUGAGGCAGAAAAUGAGGUGCCUUUAAUUCCUAGCAGAAUAAAUGAUGCUGAAAACUCUGCUCCAAAAGCUACACUGUACCCACCAUCUGCUGAAUAUGCUAAUACAUCACCUUUAGAGUCAGAACAAAGUGAGGAAAAUAACUCAAAUAACAAUCACAUUCCUCUUUUGCUUUCUUCAAAACUACAGACAAACAACCCCAGCCUUUCUGAAAAUUCAAAAUUCAUUAUUGUGGCAGAAAAUUUCAACAAGUCAAUGAACAUAAAACAAUAUUUGAUUGAAUGUGAUGAAAAAAUGCAAGACCAACCAACUAGAGACAUUUUACUUGAUUAACUGAAUACCAUUUCUGGGGAAAGGAGAAGUCAGAAGAGAGACACAUGUCUGGUAUUGUCAGAGCAGCCAAACAGUAGAAUUCAGGAUAAGAGACUCAGAAAACCAAACAAGAGAAAGAUAAAACAGGGAACUGUUAACUGACCAGAGCAGCAAUUGAUAUUUAUGAUCUGGAAUAUAUAGCAUGUAUUUCAGGCAAUGUACAAAAUUACAUUUACAACUACUAUAAACAUUAGUGCUUCCUACUAUGUACAGGUUACAUUAUUUAAAACAUUUCUGUGAUCCGUUUAUUGCAGUCUUUGUUGAAGAUAAUGUAAACCCUUCUUUUUAUCUGUAACUGUUACAUUCUAUUUUAAAUUCACCUAGAUCUCUAAGAUUUCUGGUCUCCUGGAGCUGUAAAACCUUUUAUACCCAUUAAGUUAUUUUGGGGGGAAAGGAACUAAAUGAAAUUUGGCCCAGUCUUUGGGGCAACAGUCUGUAUAAAGCCUGGUAAAUUAUGUUUAACCACUAGGUGGAGAUCUCUGAUUCAAUCUUUUCAGACGCUCAGAAUAAUUAGCUAGAAUAGCUACAAGAAAACAAUGGUUGUUCACAGUGGUACAAGAACACAAUGAGGGCAGGGGACUGGACUUGAUGACCUCUCGAGGUCCCUUCCAGUCCUAGAAUAUAUGAAUCUAUGAAUCUAUGGUUUCUAUACAGAAAGGGGGUUAAGCAGCUCCAAGAGACUUGCAUCUCCUCAUAGUUAUAAACUUAAGGUUUUGAAAAAUAAAUAUCUCAUUAACAUAUCAACUUCCUAGGACUGAUCUCUUGGGCUAGGCAACACAUUAUCAUUUGGUUUUAGCAAUCCUUCUUAUGAGAGAAGAAUGGGCCUUGGAGAGCAGGAAACAAAAUAAAAAGAAAAUGUAUAUUUAUGACAAUGACAUUUCAUGGAAUGUACAGAAAGAAAAGAUCCUACUUAAGAGAUGUAGCAAGUUAAGAAAAGUAGAAAGCACCCAGAAGCAUAGAACACUAGGGGCCAAGUCCAUAAAUCCCUUGCAUAAAAAUAUGUCCCAAAUAAUUGGGAUACUGUUUCCCAUUUCCUUCAGACACAAGAGUUAUGAAAACUCAUAACUCAUGAUUGCUGGCCAUUUACUCUGUUUCA